AUGUCGUCCUUUUCUCUGCAGCUUUCUCUUUUUUUUGUCUUCUUCCUGUCGUUCUUCGCUUCGUCGACGUCGUCAUCCGCGAACGCCCCGAAACUCUACCGCGGGUACAACUCGAACGCGAAUCCUUCUUUACAGUACGAACCUCGAUCUGGAAUCAUCACCAGAGCGCAGAACACGUUCGCCACGACACCUGGCGAAGGGAGGCACCGAUUGAACGAAAAGUAUGACCCGAACGGCGUGAAAACGCGAGGCGUUUGGGACGAGAAAAGGCAAAGGUUUUCUGCGCGAGACACCACGCCGGGACCGAAGAAGUUUCGAGAGGACGUGGAAAACUUAAAGAUUGAGAAGAAACCGAGAGAUGUCAUCGCGCACCCACACGUGGAGAAGAAGUUUUGGCCCACAACUUUGAAGAAUUCCGUGGUCGCGUCGUUCGGGAGGAGCGAGAGUGGGAAGACGAAACCGGUCGGGAAAGGGACGGCGGCGGCGGCGGCGAGAGCGGGCGCAGGGGAAGACGACGACGGAGAAGGAGAAGAGAGAGAGAGGAGAGAAAGGAGCAAUAACAGACUGGCCAGGCCGAAAGAACCGGAAAGAGCGGACGAUAGAGCGAUGUUAGCGGAUCACACGUUCUACGCGGCGACGAAUCAACAAUCGAACGAUCGGUUCGCGAAGAUGUUGGCGAGAGCGUUGAACGGAACCAAGUACGUUUUACAGUGUCAAAAAUCCGAAGCGAAGAAGAGCGAGAUUCCGUCCGCGUGGCAGUUGUUGACGGCGACUAUGAGCCGAGCGGACGCGCAGACGCUGUUACCGAUAUCGCCCGGGCAGUUAAAGAAGAGUAUUUUUGGUAAGGUGACCAACGCGAGAGGCGACGGGAGUUCCCGAUUGUCCAAUCGAUUGAACGGGUAUCCGAAACCGUUGGAUUUCACUCGAGGGUGCGCUGUCGUCGGGAAUUCUGGGAUUUUGUUAAAACCGCUCGGGCAUAAUAAGAAACCAUUAGGGCCGUUUAUCGACGCGCACGGGUUUGUCUUGCGCAUGAACAUUGCCCCUACCGACGGCGAGUUUACCAAAUUGGUCGGGAAAAAGACGUCGGUACGAUUGAUAAACCAUAAAUGGGCGCGAGAAUUCGACGCGUUCGCGGAGAAACAUUCGAACAUUUUAUCGAGCGAUAUCGCCUCCUCGAGUUCUCGAUCGAGACAAAGUAGCAACGAUGCGGCGUACGCGGUUCGAACGCGAGACGUGGAAGUGGCGAAAAAAUUCGCCAAAAUUGUCGGCGAGAAAAGAGCGCGCGUGUUCAACGCUCGAUUCGUCGACAUUUCGCGCAUCGCGUUGGCGCAAAUCCGCGCGUGUAAAGAAAUGCGCGACACCGGGAAGAUAAAAGUCCACGACACGGCUCCAGCACCUUCGGCCGGUUUCGCUGCCGUCAUGGCUUUAUCCAAAAUCUGCCCUCGAUUACGCCUCUUCGGUUUCGACGCCGCUAAAAAAUCGAAAGGAAAAUCCACCGCCGGUAUCGAUUACCCGUACCAAUAUUUCGAAGAAUUCGACGCGCAAGGCGUCCUCAACGUCGGCUCUGCCGCGCACGAUUUCGAUAUCGAAGCCGAAGCCUUGACUGGUUUAGAGAGAGAGAGUAACACGAGAAUCCAAAUCUGCGGCGCGAAAGGCGGGAAUACCUGCGACGAGCUCGUUUAA